AAGGUUAAGCAAAUAAUGUGUGAAGACGAAUGUUCUUAGAGAGAGAGACAGAAAGAAAGAGAAAGAAAAGAAAAAAGAUAUACGAAAAAAAAGAAAUUAAAAAAAAAAAAGAAAAAAUAGAACAAAAGAAUAAAUCGAAAUUGGAUCUUUGUGCAAUCGUAUAUCGUCGCUUUGCUACUCUCUCUUUUUUCUUUGUGUUAUGUAUAUGUGCCAUGCGUGUAGUGUGUGCACUCUAUUUGGAUAAUCAGAUUCACUUUUCAAGUUUUAAAAAGGUCAAAAGUUCUAAACAUCACCUAAUAUAGUAAUGAUUCAUAUUCGUUCGUUCAGAUUUUUUUUUCACACAAUAAUUUUAUCUGUUAAAAUGUAUUUUUUAAUUACGGUGCAAGAGGUACAUACAUUAUACAAACGACACGUAACAUAAUUUUGUCUGAUAGAAAUUACGUUUAGAACUAUAUUUUAUAACAAUUAGAAAUAUGAAGAAGAAUAUAUAUAUAUCAUUUUUUUCUUUUUUUAAUGACUCAAGAAAAAUAGCUUGAAAGUGGAUCGAUAUUUAAACAUGAUUUAAUGUUUGCUAAAUAUAUUUGUGUAUGUAUGUGUAUAUACGUGUAUAUAUAAUAUGUAUGUGUACAUACAUACAUACAUACAUACAUACAUACAUACAUACAUACAUACAUACAUACAUACAUACAUACAUACAUACAUACAUACAUACAUACAUACAUACAUACAUACAUACAUACAUACAUACAUACAUACAUACAUACAUACAUACAUACAUACAUACAUACAUACAUACAUACAUACAUACAUACAUACAUACAUACAUACAUACAUACAUACAUACAUACGUGCAUGGGUGCGUCAUAUGUAUGUGUAUGUGUUUACUAAUAUGAACUCAAUCAGCAAAUAUACAAUUAUUAUUAUUAAUUAAUUAAUCCCAGAAAGAGAGAAGUAACAGAUUUCAUUGUAUGUUUGUGAGAAUGAAUGAUUCACGAUAAAACACAUUCAAGGGCCUCUAUGUAUGUUAGUAUUACAUAUUAUUAAUAAUGUUAAUUGCUGUGAAAAAAAUCUUAGAACAUUUCCGAUUACGAAUUUUCAGGAAGUAGAUAAAUAAAUAAUUAAAUAAAUAAAUAAAUAAAUAAAAAAUAUAUACGAAAAAUAUUCUUCGUCGAAUGUAUAUUAAAGAAUUAUAUAUAUUAUAUACCAACGUAUAAAUAAAAUAAAAAAAUAAAAAAUAAAAAAAAAAGAAAAUAUUGGACAAGUGUUAUCGAAUAAAAAUAAUGUAAUUAAUCUGUGUUGACAAUCGCCAAUGUUCUGAGCUUAGAAUGAUCGAUAAAGAAAAAACAAGAGAAAAGAAAAGAUAAAAAAGCAUCUUAUACCAUCACGUGAUUCUUGAGUUUUUAAUCGUCACACACGAUAUAUAAAUAAAUAAAUAAAUAAAUAUAUACAUACGGAGAUUUAUAAUGGGUCUUGCAGAAUCGUCUAUAUUAAAUAAAUUAUACGGCACGUUCAUGCGCUUCUACACACACAUAUCCACACACAUUAUAUAUUGAAGGAAUACGUCAUUAUUGAGUAAUCUAAUUGUGUAUCUUAAUGUAAUAAAUACAGGAGUUUGCACUUAUUUUCUCAACGCAGAGAAGGACAUGCAUUUCGCUGUAACAAUUAUUUAUUUAUUUACUUAUUCAUAUUUCGCAACUAUAUAAUAUGUUCAAUAUUCGUUAAAAUACUGCGAUUUUAGAAAUAUGUAAACUUUAGAUUUGUAAAAUAUAUUUUAUUAACGCAUAUUUUCCUUCUAUUUUUAAUGUAAAUAUACAAUUCUAACGACGAGGAGAAUCUACGUGAAACUCCAACGAACAUUAUUUUCAAUCGUUUGUCUGAGAGAUAAAUUUAACCAACAUUUUAUGAUGGUAUGUAAUACAAAUAUUUAUGGAUGCAGUUACAAGAAAUAUACUGCUGAUACAUUCUUUAUUUCUCUCUCUAUAUAUAAUUAAUCAUUUGCGAAUUCCGGAUGUAGUUGAUCUCUUUUGUAAAUAGUUCUUAUUAACUAAGUUGAGCAUAAAUAAAUGGGCUCGAGAAACACACAGAUCUCUCUCUUUCGUUCAUAAUAAACGAUUAUUAAGGAAGGUGAUAUAUAUAUAUACACAUUGUUUUUUUUAAUGAGUGCAGCGUAAAUUUUGCUUUAUCAUGGAUAUUCGUUAUUAUUAUUUAUUGUAAUAAUUUGUUAAAAUAAUUAGUUAUAUAUAAAUUAGGUACAUACAAGGAAAUGUUACAAAUAAUUUAUUAAUGAUUGCAGUGGCAAUUUUUUUUUGUCGAGAAUAAUUCUUAUUAUUUAUUGUUAUAAUUGUUUAUCAAAAUAGUUAGAUAUGUUAGAUAUAUAGAUAUAUUCUAUAUCCGACAUGUUAAUUAUAUAUAUAUUAAAAAUUUUAUUACUAUGGUAAGUAUUACAACUAAUAAAAAAGAUUCAAUAUGAUUUAUAUGAAUAUUUUUUCUAAAAUUCUUUACGCAUAUUGAAAUUUCUUCGGACCCUAAAUAUACGGUCCUAAGAGCUCAAUGUAAACGAUCAGGUCGCCAUCUACACUAAAUUUUAAACUAUUAAUUUUAAUAUACAUCAAUGUGGUUUACUAUAUACAUAUACAUACACGUUGUCUUUAUGUAUUGAAAUAUUUAACUCAAGUUUGGACAUGCAAAACAAGAUUUUAAAUAUAUAAUUUUAACUUGAAAAUUUUCUCGCCAGAUGGCGAAUCGAUAAAACUCAAAGCUCAAUAACGUAGUUAUAAAAAUCCGGAAAGGGUAUUAUCCUUUUACAGACUAGAAAUGUCUGAUUUUACACUAUUAGAUAGAAAAUAUAUAUAUGUAUAAAUUUGUUAUAUUAUUAUAUUUAUAAUAUUAAUGCUCAACAAUAAUAAAAGUAACCUAACAAUAUCUCGAUUAUAUAAUCUUUGAUACAUUAUGAUGUAUUACUUGACGCAAAUAAAACUCUUAUCAAACAAUUUCAAUGAACUCUUUCUAUAAUGAUAGAAGUAAUAUAAUUAAUUAGGAAUUUAUCAUUUCUAUAAAAUCUUAUAUACGUGAAGUUACAAGUUAAGAAUAAUGGGUGAUAUAAAUGAAAAAAAAAUGGGAAAAAAUGAAAAUCAUAAGGAGGAACAAAUUUCAUCUGCAUCAGAAAAUACUCAAUCUACUGAUAUUCAAUCAACAAAUAUAAAUAAAGAACAAGCAGAAACCAAUAAAUCUUCAGAAAAAAGCAAAAAUAUAGAAGAUAUCGAUGGGCAGCAAUCAUCGACUGUACAACGAGAUACAGAAACAGUAAAACAAUUAAAGAAUCAAUUAGAAACUUUAAUGAAUUCUUUGGCUACAUUAUCCGCAGAAAAAUCAAAGAUGGAAGCUAAUUUUCAAAAUGACAGAAAACAAUUAAGAAUGGAACGUGAGGAAUGUGAGAAAGUAAUUAGAGAAUUAAAGGAAAAAUUAAAAAAAGGGCAAAAUCACAAUAUAUCUGAAAUAGAACAUGUGAAGUGUAAAUUAAUCAUGGAACGCCAUGAAAGAGAAAAAGAAAGAGCAAAUCAUGCGUCUACAAUAAAGGAACUACAAAAGAUAUUAAACGAAGAACUUCGUAAUAAAGAGCAGUUAGAACAGCAAUUGAAAAAUUUAUUUGCCAAUAAAACACAAUGUAAAAUUCUCGAAGCAGAAUUAGAAAUAACCAAAAAUAAGUUAAAACAAGCAGAGGAAGCAGCUAAAGAAACACCACCUCUUCUUCUUUCAUUGCAAGCUGAAAUGGUUGCUAUGAAGAAGCAACAUCGUUAUGCUAUACUUGAAGAACAAAGAAGAGCAGCAACUGCAGAGCAACAAGCUAGAACAUUAGCUAUGACUCAUGAAACAAGAGUAGCUGGUUUAGAAUCUCGCUUAGCUGAACUUUCUGAAACAGUAGGAGAAUAUGAUAGAUUAAGGCAACAAGAUCAACGUUCUAUUCAAAAUCUUAAGGACCAAUUAUCUAAUAUACAAGAUGUAGAACACAAAGAAUGUGUCAAUGUGCCAAACGAACCAGAAGAAAUAAUUUCUAAAAUAAAAAUGCUAUAUGGACAUUUAUUAUAUUUAGACAAUAAAAAGGAUGACUCAGCUUAUGUCGAAUCAUUGUUAAAACAUUUAGAGUUAAAUGGUAAAUACAAAGAUUCUGAAUAUAAAGAAAAGUAUGAAACUCUAUUACAAGAAUUUAAAAUGCACAAAGAGCAAGUACUAACUAAAUACGAUGUUGAUACAAGUCUUUUACGUAAAGGACAUCAACAAACUUACAACUUAAUGGAUUUACGUGAUAAAGAAAAUAGUAAAACUCAAUUACAUUUACUUAAAACUCAUAAUAACAAUUUAGAAGAAAGAAUACGUACAUUAAAUAACAAAUUAAUACAGAAAGAAAAAGAAUUGCAGAUAAAAAUAGAUUAUUACCAACAGUUAUUACAAGAAGAACGUGCCAAAUCAGAACAUGUACUAUCACAAAAGGAAAAUGAAUUUCGUAGUAAAAUAUGUACAUUAGAACAACAAUUACUGCGUCAAAGAGAACGAUCCGUCGCACUUGUUCAAGAAAAAGAGAAAGAAAUCUUAACAUUGAAAGCAUCAUUUCAUGCAUUAAUACCAAAAAAAGAUCCUUCUUUCCGGGAAGGUGAAAGAAGUGUAAUAAAAUCCGAAAAUAAAUCAGAAUCCUCAGGUGAUAUAGUAACAGGAUUAUUAAAUAAUGAUAGUCCUCCUAUAUUGCAUUAUACUCAAGAAUUAGCAAGACAUGAAGUGCAGAUAUCAUCGACUAGAAAGAGAAUAUUAGAAUUGGAGGCAUUAUUAAGAGAAAAAGAAAGACAAUUGCUUCAUGUAACUGAGAAACAUAAAGAAGAAUUAAAAACUGUACAAACACAAGUGGCAAGAUUGGAAGCAUGUAAAUCUAGAGAAGGAGCAAAUUUAGAAUAUUUAAAAAAUGUACUUAUCAAUUAUUUAACUACAAAUGAUUCAUCAAGUAAGCGACAUAUAUUAAAUGCUAUAUCUACAGUUUUACGAUUUACACCAGAUGAGUUAGAAAAGGUCAAUCAUGUUAAAUAGUUUUUGGAGUUUCAGUAAACAGGUAAACAUUAUUACAGAAAACAUAUCUCUAUUCUUUUAUAUUUUCUCAUUAUAUUUAUAUUAUUUCAUAGAUUAAAGUAGUUAAUAGAAUAUUGGUGAAAUAAAUAAAAUUGAUCAAGAUA